AUGAGUGCGCAGGCGCAGCAGCAGGCACAGCAGGUGCAACAGGAGGCGCUUCGGCAGCAGCAGGCGGAGCGGCAGCAGAAGGCCCAGGCGGAGGCUGCUCAAGCGGCGCAGAGGUCGCAGGUGCUGCAGGACCCGCUUCUUCGGAGCCUCCACCUGCGGGGCAAGAAGAAUGGCUACAUGGCUGACUUUAUGGGCGUGAAGCGGGGCGGCUGCACCAGGUGCAAGCACUGCGACGUCUACCUCUGGCGCCCAGUGAAGCUGAACAGCUGA